GCUGAAGGCUAACGAAACAAACCAUCGCCGGCGCGAACAUGGAGACGUUCGAUGUGGUCAUUGUCGGGGCUGGCAAGGGCGCACUGGCUCUAUUCACGGCAUACUUCUCUAACAUCUGCGUAGGCAUCCAUGGCAUGUCUAUUUUGAAGACAUAUAGAGAUGUCCAUCCUCAUGCGUCGAUACUUGUCCUCGAUAAAGGCACCUCACUCGGCGGGGUGUGGGCGAAUGAUCGGUUAUACCCGGGUCUCAAAACCAACAACCAUUUCCGAACGUUCGAGUUCAACGAUCACCCAAUGAGCACUGACGGAUACAGCCUCGCUGAUGACCACAUUCCGGGAGAGCACGUUAACGAUUACCUUGCAAGUUACGCUGAAAAAUUCGUUCUGACGAGGCACAUGCGCUUCAAUUGCAGCGUCGAUUCAGCGGUAGAUGAUGGGGAUUUGGGAUGGACGUUGACCAUUACGGAGGAAAAUGCCGGCACGAGAGAAUCGAGCACGAUCAAAGCCAGGAAACUCAUCGUGGCCACCGGGCUGACCUCCGAGCCGUUCAUGCCCAAGCUAGACGGGAAGAAAUCGUUCGGCGCGCCGAUAUACCAUACCAGCGAGUUCGCCAAAGCCGAGAACGGGCUCGGUCCGUACAAGAAAGUAGUGCUCCUCAGUGGAGCCAAGUUUUCCUGGGACAUCGCAUGCGCAUACGCUUCUGCUGGAGUCCAAGUCGAUUGGGUGAUCCGAGAAUCCGGACACGGGCCCUGCUGGAUGAUGCCGAACCGGCUUACCCCUCUGAAAGUCAUCCCCGAGCUUCUCCUCCAGACGCGGCUAGUCACAUGGUUGAGCCCCUGCAUCUGGGGCGACGCCGACGGCUUCUCUUCUAUUCGGAGCUUCUUCCACCAGCACUGGUUUGGUCGAAAAAUCGUGGAUGCCUUCUUUGGGAAGAUGCAGCAUAGCGUGCUUGAGCAUAACAAGUACGAUUCGCAUCCGGAGACGGCCAAGCUCAGACCCUGGGAUGAUGUCUUCUUCAUCGGCACGAAUCGGGGCCUGUUGAACUACGGCCUAGAUUUUUUCGAGUUCGUCCGCAAUGGCACCAUUAGAGUUCACAUUGCCGAUAUUACACGCCUAUCCGACCAUACCGUCCACCUCUCUACCGGCGCGACGCUCGAGGCCGACGUGCUGGUAUGCGGCACAGGAUGGAAAGACGCCCCGCAGCUGAACUUCGUGACUAACCGAGAGCUGGGUUUACCAGGCUUCACCUCGCCUUCAGCUUGGAAAUACAUUCCGAAAGCCGACGCUGAGAUCCUGGAAAAGUGCCCCAAGCUACAGAACCAGCCCGACCCAAGAACGUACAAGCCAAUGACAGAUAACAAGAUCGAAAUCGUCAGCGAGCCCUAUCGUCUCUAUCGCUUUAUAGUACCGCCCGCCUUCGUUGAAAGCCGAACUCUAGCAUUCGCAGGAGCGUACCGCAGUCCAGCAACUACCAUCAUCGCACAGGCUCAGGCACUAUGGAUCACUGCUUUCCUGGACAACCAAAUCCCCGACAUGUCGGACCACAGCAUCAAGAUCGACGUGGCAGCACCCGAACAAUUGCUGACACCCAGGAGCGGCACGACCACCCCGCAGGCUGAACUCGGAAACGUCGACACCACCGAGCCCGCCAACCGCAUCAUGUACGAGACCGUGCUGCACACGCAAUUCGGCAAAUGGCGGUAUAGCAGGGGCUUUGGCGCACGGUUCCCGGAGUUGUGGUUCGACUGCCUGCCGUAUGUUGAUUUGCUGCUGAAGGAUGUGGGGGUUGAGAAUCACCGGAAAGGGAGUUGGUGGGGCGAGCGGUUCACGCCGUAUUUCCCGAAGGAUUAUGCUGGGAUUGUGGGAGAGUAUUUGGAACUUAAGGACCGAAGAGCAAGGUUGAUGAAUGAGAAGGAGGAGGUGAAGGUGGAAGCGCGAGACGUAGCUGCUACUGCUGAUUGA